CGUACAAACGCAACAUCCAGUGUGUCCCCACACCGGGGCUUGCAGUAAAACACCCGGCGACAAGCCUGUUAUUCGCAAACCGGAGGCUGCAUUCAGAAACGCAAACGUACCUCGCGAGGAACCCGCAAACGCUUACCCUAGACGUGGCCAUCGUCAACGACCAUUGGAUCUGGCCCACAUGGCGAAAUCUCCCGCUGCGAAUGCAAGUAGGCGCCGUGGACAGGAUCGACAUACAUAUUACCCCCUGCUGCACGGACAGCCAGCGAGUACUCCAGACGAAUUGGGACGGGUAUAGCCGCUUAGGCGAGUGGAGAGACGACGACGAUGAGUGGGAACCCAUCAGCAAGAGCUUCGCUUGGCAGCUAAUGAACCCGCUGUGCAACUUAGUCAACGACAAGCAUCUCGACGUUGCCGCCGUCAGCACGCUUGAUACAUUCCUGCAGCACCUCUUCCCCACCCAAUAUGAGCGAACAAGCCCCCGCAUUUCUGGAAUCGAGACGCUGGCCUUUCAUAUCAACACGAGGCGCUAUGGAAAUGGAACCCGGCUGCUGGACGAAUCCGAAGUGCCGCUUCGCACCGUCAACGGCCUUGCGCACCUGGAUUUCAAGCGCCUCUACCCGUGCGAUUUAGACAAGUUAAGGUUUUAUUUCCAAGACAUGCUUGAGUACUUUGAGCUGUGGUUUCGGAAAUGCAAACUCCAGCCGCGCGGCGAGGCGAGCAUCGGAAAGGCCUUGUUCUACGUUGAUGGCGAAGUCGUGAGGGAAAUGGAUCCGCCCAAGUCUACAGUAAACGGCGUCGAGAGCCUCGCAUGACUUGUAUUAUACGAAUAUUUAUAUGGUGGUUUAAUGC